AUGGCCGACCCAGGAGCGUUCACUAUUCCAUACAAAGUUGGGUCUCGGGAUAUUUCAAAGGCAUUAUGUGAUUUAGGUGCCAACGUGAAUCUGAUGCCUUUGGCUAUAUAUAAGAAGCUUGGUUUAGAAGCUCUAGCACCCACUAACAUGCGAUUGGAAUAUUACAAUGAAACCAAUAAGAAAGAGCCCCACAGCACCAAAGAAAUAGGGCAAAUAAAGUUUAGGGUGCCAAUUGCAGAGAAACAAUGUGUGGAAAGAGAAGCAUCAGAAGCAAGAAAUAUUGCAUUUUGUAAGACAGAGGAGAAAUCUAUUGAUAAACUAAUUGAAGUUGAGCUUGCUGAAUUGGGAGACAAAAGCAAGCGGUAUUUUAGCUACCUUGACUUAGGUUGUAAUGGUGUUUUGUUUGUUCAUAUGAGCAAGAAAGAUGGAGAUCCCAACCCUAAGGAAAUUAUUCAACAUAUCUUGUCCUCACUUACAUUGACAAAGAAACAUGUAUCAUGGUUUAUAUUGCGAGUGUUACAAGUUGAAGUAACAUGUUAUGCAUUAGAGAAGGAAAUUGGUAAGGAAAUACAAAUUUUCAUUACAAAAUAUUUGCCUUCUGAAAGUGACACCCCAAAGAAGAUUGGUCUUUAUGAAGCUCGAACAAAUACAGGAAUCAAUAUGAUAAAAAUCAUUGAUACUGUGGAUAAAUUAGUUCCUUCACCUCACAAAGUUAAUCUUAGCAACCCUGAGAUAAACAUAGUGCUAAAAAUAGUCAAGACUGUGUACUUGCUUGGAGUUGUUGAAAAUUGCAAGAAGUUGUCCAAGUAUAACUUGAGGUAUCUUACCUCUAAGAACUAA